GUCCAACCUUUUCCUCACUUUUUCACUUUUUCAUCGUUCUUCGCCACCGUACACGACAACGACGACAAUGUCUGCUAUUCGUGCUCUCCGCCAGGUUGCCGGCCCCUCUAGCCGCAUGCUCGCUGCCCGUGGCAGCGCGCACACGUUCGCACGUGCUGCGCUCCCUGCGUUCCGCACGUCCGUCGCCGCGCCUGCGUCCCGAGCAUUCUCUGUCUCAGCGAGGAGAUUUGGUGAAGGUGCUACCGAUGUGACGCUCUCACAAAAGCUCACGGAGGAGCUGCAAUACGAGAAAGAGGCUGCGUCGUCUGCUGAGCCUGACUUUUUGAAGAACUUCAAGGAGCAGGGUGUCUGGAAGGUUGAGGAUGUCGCUGGGAACGACGAGGUCACACUGGCUCGCAAGUUUGGCAACGAGACCAUCCGUCUGAUGUUCUCCAUCGCCGACAUCCAGGCCCAGGAGGAGGCCGAGUUUGAGGAACUCGAGGAAGGCGAGGAGACGUCUGAGGACCAGCCCACGCAUUCGUACCCGAUCCGGUGUUCAUUCGCGAUCACGAAAGACUCCGUACCGGGUGCGCUGACAAUUGACGCGAUGUGCCAGGACGGGAGCUUCGUCACCGACAACAUCUCGUUCUACGCCGAUGCGCAGGUUGGCACUGAGCUGACCGCUGAGGCGGACUGGAAGCGUCGCGGCCUGUUUAUUGGCCCGCAGUUCGACACGCUCGACGUUUCUGUGCAGGAGGAGUUUGAAAAGUUCCUGCAGGAACGUGGCAUCAACGAUGCUCUUGCUGUCUUCAUUCCGGAGUACUCUGAGUACAAGGAGCAGAAAGAGUACGUCAGCUGGCUUCAGAAUGUAAAGAAGUUCGUCGAGGCCUAAAAGGCUAACGACGACGGCUUCUUUUCUCGCUGCCCAAAAUUCGUAUCGUAUAACGACGCCAUGUUCGCUACUUAAUUGCUCUGGAUAACACGUCACCGCUCUUGCUUUCGUUAC